AUGGCGCCUGCACAGGGAGACACAAAGACACACACAGUGGGUCAGACGGACACGAGUUCUCUUCUUCUUCCCCUCCUCGGGCUGCCCUCGCCGUCCCUAGCCCGCGCAGCCCCCGCCUCACACACCGACCCGCGGCCGCCGCUUGGGUUCCGCAGGCUCGGAGGGGAGCGGCUUCCGGCGCCGCACUACGUCAUCUCCGCGCGCCCAGCCCGUCCCCCGGGAACUGACGAGUUGGGUAGGGGAAGGGAGAAGGGGAGGAAAGACACCAAGCUGAAGUACCCCCGAGAGCAUUUCCGACCUCCACUUCUCGUGGAGUGUGAAUGGAGCAUGCGUAGUACCCCCGAAAAGGAGAUGCUUGGCAACCUGCACCUGUCUCUAACGCUAGAGCUCAAAUGUGUAAGAACGGACGGAAAUGUGAACAAGAAACGUAGUAAAAACCCCUCUAGACAAAAAGAUGUCAGGACGAGAAUCAAGAAGGCACCCAUAGUAAGGGGCAGGCCAACCUCCAGCUUGUUACAGGUGACGUUCUGUAGACUUCGGACUCACCAAUGGUGCUUCAUUUUAUUCAAUGUCAUCUUGUUUCAUGCUCUGCUCUUUGGAGCUGACUUUGUGGAAGAAUAUUUUCUGCAGUCAUUACCAUAUGUAGAUGUCAGAGUUCUUGAGAUAAAGGACAAAGCCAGAAAAUUAAACGUGGAGCCCUUAAGAUAUAACCUCUCAAAAUUUUAUAUCUUGAGCCAGGAAGAGGCAUGCAAGGGAGAAGAUAUCUUUUUACUUUCUCUUAUCUUCAGCAGUCCAGGAAAUGGGUCAAGGAGGGAUCUGAUAAGAAAAACCUGGGCUAAUGUGACUACUAUUCGGGGACAUCCUAUCCUCACAUUAUUUGCCUUAGGAAUGCCAGAUCUGGGAACCUCUCAGCAAGACAUCAACAAGGAAUCUAAUAAAUACAGAGAUAUUAUUGAAGGAUUUUUCCUGGACAGUUCUGGGAACCAAACACUAAAGACCAUCAUGAUGAUGCAGUGGGCUGUAACUUUCUGCCCGAAUGCCAUGUUCAUCCUCAAGGUCAAUGAAGAGAUGUUUGUCAAUCUCCGUAGUCUGGUAGACUAUCUGCUCAACUUAAAAGACCACCUUGAAGAGAUCUACGUGGGAAGGGUCAUCCAUCAGGAUAUGCCCAACAGAGAUCCUGGAAGCCAGAAUUUUGUUCCAGUUAGUGAAUAUCCAGAAAAGUACUACCCUGAUUACUGCAGUGGAGAGGCCUUUAUUGUGUCUCAGGAUGUGGCCCGUAUGAUGUAUGUGGUUUUCAAGGAAGCACCUUUGGCAAUACCUGCUGAUGUUUUUAUAGGAAUAUGCGCCAAAUAUGCUGGCCUCACACCCAUCCACAGUUCACGGUUUUCUGGGGAGAAGCACAUCAGAUACAAUAGAUGCUGCUAUAAGUUCAUCUUCACAUCCUCAGAAAUGACAGGUGAAGAAAUGGCACUUGAGUGGAGGGAAGUUAAUGAUGGAAAAGAAUGUACCUUGCUUGAAACCUAUUAUGGGUUGGUCUCCUGCAAACUUCUAACUUAUCUUGAUAGCUUUAAACACUUUAAUAUAGCACCUAUGAAAAAUGAUGCAAUGUAUUUUGCUAACUAAGAUUUUGUUUUCCUACGGAAAA